CAGUUUUCUUCCGUUCCGAUCUCUUGCGCGCGGUUUGCGGUUAUUAAAGCGGAGAAACUUGUUUUACUCUAUUACCCAAGAGAUUUUAAUUAUUGCGAAUUUUUAAUCGAUUAUCUUAUCUUCUAAUGAUCAUUUGUGCCCUGCAAAAUUUAGAUCAGUGAUAAGCUUGACGUUGAAAAAUUCCACGGAUUAUUAAAUACAAUGCUGCAAAACUGCACAACGUAUCUAUAAUUGAAUCCUUUUUUACUUGCACAUCUCGGUUGCUAUCUUGAAGAUAAAUGUCAACUGAUGUAACAAGAAUUUUCUGGGUUAUAAUACAUUUCCUAAUUAUAUCUGUUCUGGUGUUUAUGGUUUAUUCUUUAUAUAAAGAAUUUAUGACAACACCUUUAAUAACUUCCAUGGAAACAGAUAGUUACAGAACGACAACUUUGAACUUUCCAGGAAUCUCCAUUUGCUCUAUUAACAGGAUAAGUCGACAAUCCGCGACGGAACUGGCGACCGACAUUUUUAACGCAAAUAUUACGGACCAAUCAGUCGACGAAAUUCACAACUUGGUCAUGCAGUUGGGCAAUCUCUACUCUUCCACUUUUCGUAUGAAUGCAAGUCUUGAUAUCGAAAUAGAUCAGCUUUUGAUGGCUUAUUACAAGGGGCCUUACGAUGUUACGGAAUUAAUGAAAAAUCUGACGCCGCAAUGUUCGAUGAUACUAUUGAAAUGUAAGCUGCAUGGGACCUUUAGAAACUGUUCGAACCUUUUUGAGUUUCGCAAGACGCAAGACGGAUACUGUUGCACCUUCAAUUACGCGCGUGAAAGCGACGACAUUCUCGAAUUGCCCGAUGUGAUUGAGUCGAUUCCUGUGCACCAUGUGGAUGAUCUCGGAAUAGAACGCGGUCUAACGGUCGUAAUGGAUCCACUUUUGGAUGAUUAUUUCUACUCAAUAUUGCCCAUUGUGGGUUGGAAGGUGCUUGUGUUUAAUCCUACCGAUUAUCCGGAUAUGACUAGCGGUGGUGUCACGGAGCUACUGGCAAUGCCUCUCUCCGAGACAUACGUGGACGUGACUACGACGGCUUUUGUUAGUACCCAAAUAAUCAAGGAUUUUCCCAGGGAGAAACGUAACUGCAUUUUCGAUGAUGAGGAAACAAUGUAUAAAGAAAAGAAGUAUACUUACAGUGAUUGUAUCGUCGAUUGUAAGGUUUAUAACAUACAAAAAGUCUGUGGAUGCAGACCGUUUUUCUACCCACGUCGCGGUAAAAGAGAAUAUGCGCAGCGUAUUUGCAACAACCAGGACUUAAGUUGCCUAUCUAAGUAUAAAUCCAAAUGGUUGACGAUUUUUCCUCACGAGGAUACAGGACAUAUUUUUCGAAACGAAAAAAACGCUUUGCAUUGUCAAAUUUGUUAUCCUGCCUGCAAUGAUCUUAAUUAUGAUGUAUUGAGUUGGAAAAGUUACAUGACUUCCGGUGGAUACAAUACCAACUUAUUAUGGAAUUACAAUGUUACUGAUGAAGGAGUGCUACAUGUAUACUUCUCGAAAUACGGCACAAUCAGAUUGAAACAAGACGUGGCUUUUUACUGGUAUGAACUCAUGAGUGAUAUCGGCGGUAUAUGCGGUGUCUUCAUCGGCUUCAGUUUCAUCAGUGUAGUGGAGCUUCUGUACUUCUUCGCGCUUUUGUUUCGUGAUUUGCUUACUAAAGAAUUGACCUUACAAGAAGAUGACAAUCAAGAGGAUGAAAUCCCAUCAGUCCAAGCUCAAACCAUACGGGCAAUUUAUUGGAAGGAACUGCUACCGCGAUCUUGGCAUUCGGCAAAAUACGGCAAAGGCUUAACAAACAGAGCUAGAUAUUGACUGACAAGUUAUUAUGGAACUAUUUGAACAGAAUUCCAAUCGUGAUAAUUUUAUUCCUUGUCAGUUAUUUUACUAUAAAUAUAUUCAGAUAAUAUUCGAAAUAAUUUAAAAGUAUCUGAUGACAUCUUGUGAGCAAAGAAAAUCGAUUCCUAUCGAGAUAAAGUCUUAGGCGAAAAUAAUUGAAGAAGAUUUUUACUCUCUGUUUAUUUCAACAUAAUGAUAAACCAAUUUUAAACAAAAUUUAUAAUAGUCUAAAAAAAUUUGAAGAUGGAAUCGUGAUCGAAAAUUCGUUAGUUGGAUAUUCACUUUUCUUAAUGGAAAACAGUUUUAUAAUAGCUGCACCG